AUGAUGAGCAAUAAUACCUACUACGAGCAGCAGCAGCCGCCGCAGUACUACCAGGGUACCGACAACGGGGACGACGAGGAAGAGGAGAUGCCGGCCACGGAGAAGGACCUUGCUGAGGAUGCGCCCUGGAAGAAAAUCCAACAGAACACCUUCACCAGGUGGUGCAACGAGCACCUCAAGUGCCUCAACAAGCGGAUCAACGACCUACAGAAAGACCUGACCGACGGGCUCAAGCUCAUCGGUCUCCUGGAGGUUUUGAGCCAGAAGAAAAUGUACAGAAAGUACCACGCCAGACCUAACUUCAGACAGAUGAAACUGGAAAAUGUGUCCGUCGCGCUGGAAUUCCUGGAGAGAGAACACAUAAAGCUGGUAUCGAUAGGUAAGUGGUGUUUGCAUUUAGGACCGAUUUAGCGCAAUGAUUGGGUUUCUCGGAACAAAGUUGAUGCUUUGCCUGCUCUGUCUAUGGUAGCCACUUUUAGGGAUACAGUUACUGGUUAGAGAGCGUGUUUGAGUCAGGGGAACGAGUCUGAGAUUGAUUUAUCCUCAAAAUGAAUAAAACAUAUUUUGAUGUUAUAGAAAAGUAAUGCGUAACGCAGCUUUUAUUUAUUAGAGUACAACUUAUUCCUGGUUGUGUUGUUGAUUGUUCCAUAUGGACAUGCUUAUUGUUCAGAGUUGUGUUUUCACUGUAUACACUUAUCCAUAGCUGUUGUUGCAUGCGUUAUAAACAGUGCACAACUGAAAUGUACUGUAGUUUUUGAUGCAAAUUAUUCACGUCGUCGAUAUAUAGUUCUGUGCGUAAAAAUGACCAGACAACGGCACGAUGUGUUCAGGACGGGUCAAUCAAGAAAUGUCCCCUUUCUGACUGCCCGACAAAAGACUGCUUUCAGCUGGCUCCGGGAAACAGAGAGACUCUGGGUUCGAUGCAUGGCUCUGGCAUGCCUCCCUGUGUGUUAUUACUGUGUAACUCAUGCAUGGUCCCAUUAGAACCAAUACUGCCAAUUGAGAGUCAUUACAGUCUCAGGUUUAACCAACUUGGCUGCUGUCAUUUGUUGUUUAUGAAAUGAAAUACUGAAUGAGUCAUUUGGAGCUUUCUCAUGGAAUGGAAUGUCUCCAAUUUGGAUUAGGCAAUGGCUUUGUAGUUGCUUCUGAAUUCUGUAGUGAUUUGGCAUUUCUAUCUCAUGUGUUCAAAUAUGUAGAAUAAAGAUGAUUAACAAGUAGUCUACAAAGCAUUUGUAUAUAUCCGGCUAUUUGUAUAGACACUGAGUGUACAAAACAUUAGGAACACCUGCUCUUUCCAUGACAUAGACUGACCAGGUGAAUCCAGGUGAAGCUAUAAUCCCUUAUUGAUGUCACCUGUUAAAUCCACUUCAAUCAGUGUAGAUGAAGGGGAGGAGACAGGUUAAAUAAUUAUCUUUAAGCCUUGAGUCAAUUGAGACAUGGAUUGUGUAUGUGUGCCAUUCAGACGGUGAAUGGGCAAGACAAAAUAUUUAAGUGCCUUUGAACGGGAUAUGAUAGUAGGUGCCAGGCGCACCAGUUUGAGUGUGUCAAGAACUGCAACGCUACUGGGAUUUUCACGCCCAACAGUUUCCCAUGUGUAUCAAUAAUGGUCCACCACUCAAAGGACAUCCAGCCAACUUGACACAACAGUGGGAAGCAUUGGAGUCAAAUCCUUCUUUAACCUGUGUCCUCCCGUUCAUCUACACUGAUUGAAGAGGAUUUAACAGGUGACAUCAAUAAGGGAUCAUAGCUUUCACCUGGAUUCACCUGGUCAGUCUAUGUCAUGGAAAGAGCAGGUGUUCUUAAUGUUUUGUACACUCAGUGUACAUCACUCACAUAUUAUCUUAUCUGAUGACAUUACCCACCAGGUCUUAUAGAAUCAGUGCUCCAGGCUGUAGGAUAUGUUCUUGGAGAACCAAUAACAACAUGAGAGAGGCAGGGGCUCAGCUUGAUGGCCCUAACUGGAUCUAAUGUGGAUGAUGAUGAUGAUACAGCAGCCAGCAGGACAGACAGUAGUCUACUGUUAAGACUGGCCCUGUAGAGGGCUCCUCUGUUGCUGAGCCUUAUAACAGUGAUUUAUGAAUGCACCUUGUGGUCAGAGAAGAUGUGGUUCUAAGGAGAAUGGUCCUUGGCUGAGCGUUCUGCCUUGAAACUAAUCAAUGCUAUAAUAUGUAUUCUCAGAAUCUAAAACAUGUUCAUGAGAAAAAGCGGAACACCAAAGCAUCCCACCUUGCUGUCAACAUCUGUUGUGCUGAUGUGUUGUGGCUGUGUUGGCCAAGUCAUGAUAAGAGCAUGGCAACAGCCAUUCAUUCUGCCUAACAACAGCCAAACAGACUGCAAACAGGUUGGGCUACAAGAUGGUUUGGCAAGGUGGUGGCACACACACAGCAGUUGUUUCAGCAGUGCCUUAGGUGUGUUUGUGUUAGAUCUGUCCUUGUUUUUGAAGGUGUAAAGACCACCAAAGACUAUGAAAGACCUGAGGAUUGACAAGUCCGGUCCCAGCUAUUGGACCAUUCACCUAUUCUGAAGAGACACCAGUGGUACAGACCCCAGUUCCCACUCUGACCUUGGUUGUUUUCUUCUUUGUUUACUUUCUGUCACAUACAGUGCCUUCAGAGAGUAUUCACACCCCUUGACUUUUUAAAGAUUUUGUUAUGUUACAAAAUAGGAUUAAAACUGAUUUAAUUAUCAUUUUUUGUCAAUGAUCCACACACAAUACUCUGUAAUGUCAAAGUGGAAGAAGAAUUCUACGAUUUCUAUUUUUUAUUUAGGAAAAAUAAAACAGUAAUAUAUCUUGAUUAGAUACGUAUUCAACCGCCUAAGUCAAUACAUGUUAGACUCACCUUUGGCAGCGACUACAGAUGUGAGUGUUUUUGGGUAAGUCUCUAAGAACUUUGCAUACCUGGAUUGUACAAUAUUUGCUCAUUAUUCUUAAAAAAUUCUUCAAGCUCUGUGAAGUUGGUUGUUGAUCAUUGCUAAACAGCCAUUUUCAAGUCUUGCCAUAGAUUUUCAAGGCGAUUUAAGUCAGAACUAUAACUAGGCCACUCAGGAACAUUCAAUUACUUGGAGAGUUGGAAGUCAGUGUGUGUCACAGUGUGUGACUUGAAAAGUUGGAAGUCAGUGUGUGUCACAGAGUGUGACUUGGAGAGUUGGAAGUCAGUGUGUGUCACAGAGUGUGACUUGGAGAGUUGGAAGUCAGUGUGUGUCACAGAGUGUGACUUGGAGAGUUGGAAGUCAGUGUGUGUCACAGAGUGUGACUUGGAGAGUUGGAAGUCAGUGUGUGUCACAGAGUGUGACUUGGAGAGUUGGAAGUCAGUGUGUGUCACAGAGUGUGACUUGGAGAGUUGGAAGUCAGUGUGUGGUCACAGAGUAUGACUGAAGAGUUGGAAGUCAGUGUGUGUCACAGAGUGUGACUUGGAGAGUUGGAAGUCAGUGUGUGUCACAGAGUGUGACUUGGAGAGUUGGAAGUCAGUGUGUGUCACAGAGUAUGACUGAAGAGUUGGAAGUCAGUGUGUGUCACAGAGUGUGACUUGGAGAGUUGGAAGUCAGUGUGUGUCACAGAGUGUGACUUGGAGAGUUGGAAGUCAGUGUUUGUCACAGAGUACGACUGAAGAGUUGGAAGUCAGUGUGUGUCACAGAGUGUGACUUGGAGAGUUGGAAGUCAGUGUGUGUCACAGAGUGUGACUUGGAGAGUUGGAAGUCAGUGUGUGUCACAGAGUGUGACUUGGAGAGUUGGAAGUCAGUGUGUGUCACAGAGUAUGACUGAAGAGUUGGAAGUCAGUGUGUGUCACAGAGUAUGACUGAAGAGUUGGAAGUCCAGUAAGUACGGGAAAGGUUACUGCCACAGGAAAGGUUACUGCCACGGGAAAGGUUACUCCCCCCCCUCCCCCUUCUCUUAUUACUAUUAUUACACCCCUAGUCCAAACCCCCAACUCACUGUCUUUCAAAUACACACACAAACACACCAAACACUGGACUGGUCCUCCGACAAUGUGGAUGUGUGGUUGAUGCUAUGGUAAGCCCUGGCUCUGGUUGUCUGGUAGUCUGAUAGUCUGGAGGGGCAGUAAGGGGCCAGCCUGUCCCAGGUUAGCUUCACUCCUUUGGGAAAGGGGACGGCUGAUUGAUGGGCAGACAGCUGGGCUCUGGGGCUCUGGGCUCCCUCCACUAACAGGCGCCUAAAAUAGACCCACAUACAGCCCCAGAGUGGCACGGAGAGGGGAGAGAGGGGGCGGGGGAGAGGACUGUGAAUGCGGGGUUAGUUAAAAGAGAGGCGGCAGGGAAGAGAGGAGAAUGAGAGGGGUUAGGAGAGAGGUUGUGGAGAGAGGGGGCCAGGAGAACAGAGAAGGAAAUUACGAGGGUAUGAUGGGGCAAGCCUGCUAGGAAGAGGUGACUGAGACCUCUGGCUCUGAGGAAGGUUUUAGGUGGGGGUCCUGAAGAGUUGGGUAUCCCUUUUCCAGGCACUAAGACACAGUAG